AUGGCUGGAGAGCACACGGAAGGGGUGCGGCAGGAGGCUGGGCUGGCCUUGCUGGAGGCUGGCCAGAAGGCAGCUGACUGGGACCUACUUGCACAGAAGCCAGUCCCCCCAGAGAGUAGAGAUGCCGGACUGGAGGAGACUGUCUACACCUACCUUCUGGAUGGGGAGUCCCGGCUGGUGUGUGAGGACCCCCCCCAUGAGCUGCCCCAGGAGGGGAAAGUCCGAGAGGCUGUGAUCUCCCGGAAGCGGUUGGGCUGCAAUGGACUGGGCCCCUCGGACCUGCCGGGGAAGCCGUUGGCCAGACUGAUGGCCCCACUGGCUCCUGAUACCCAAGUGCUGGUCAUGCCGCUGGUGGACAAGGAGGCUGGGGCUGUGGCAGCUGUCAUCUUGGUGCAUUGUGGCCAGCUGAGUGACAGUGAAGAGUGGAGCCUGCAAGCCGUGGAGAAGCAUGCUCUGGUGGCCCUGCGAAGGGUGCAGGCUCUGCAGCCCCGGGGGCCUGGCGCCGCCUCGGCAGCAGUCCGGAACCCCCCGGCGGGGGUGGCGGGAGACCAGAAGGGCGGUGUGGCUCACACCGACCAGGACCAAAAGAUCCUGCAGCUGUGCGGGGAACUCUACGACCUGGAUGCCUCGUCCCUCCAGCUCAAAGUCCUCCAAUACCUGCAGCAGGAGACCCAGGCAUCCCGCUGCUGCCUCCUGCUGGUGUCCGAGGAUAAUCUCCAGCUUUCCUGCAAGGUAAUCGGAGAUAAAGUGCUGGAGGAAGAAACCAGCUUUCCGUUGACGACAGGACGCCUGGGCCAGGUGGUGGAAGAUAAGAAGUCUAUCCAGCUGAAGGAUCUCACCUCGGAGGAUGUGCAACAGCUGCAAAGCAUGUUGGGCUGUGAGCUGCAGGCGAUGCUCUGCGUUCCUGUCAUCAGCCGGGCCACUGACCAGGUGGUGGCCUUGGCCUGCGCCUUCAACAAGCUCGGAGGAGACUUGUUCACGGACCAGGAUGAGCAUGUGAUCCAGCACUGCUUCCACUACACUAGCACGGUGCUCACCAGCACCCUGGCCUUCCAGAAAGAGCAAAAGCUCAAGUGUGAGUGCCAGGCUCUUCUCCAAGUGGCAAAGAACCUCUUUACUCACCUGGAUGAUGUCUCUGUCCUGCUCCAGGAGAUCAUCACAGAGGCCAGAAACCUCAGCAAUGCUGAGAUCUGCUCCGUGUUCCUGCUGGAUCAAAAUGAGCUGGUGGCCAAGGUGUUCGACGGGGGCGUGGUGGAUGACGAGAGCUACGAGAUCCGCAUCCCGGCUGACCAGGGCAUUGCGGGCCACGUGGCAACCACCGGCCAGAUCCUGAACAUCCCGGACGCGUACGCUCAUCCGCUUUUCUACCGUGGCGUGGACGACAGCACCGGCUUCCGCACGCGCAACAUCCUCUGCUUCCCCAUCAAGAACGAGAACCAGGAGGUCAUCGGUGUGGCCGAGCUGGUGAACAAGAUUAACGGACCAUGGUUCAGCAAGUUCGACGAGGACUUGGCAACCGCCUUCUCCAUCUACUGUGGCAUCAGCAUAGCCCAUUCCCUCCUAUACAAGAAAGUGAAUGAGGCCCAGUAUCGCAGCCACCUAGCCAAUGAGAUGAUGAUGUACCACAUGAAGGUCUCUGAUGAUGAAUACACCAAACUUCUCCAUGAUGGGAUCCAGCCUGUGGCUGCCAUUGACUCCAACUUUGCCAGUUUCACCUAUACCCCUCGCUCUCUGCCCGAGGAUGACACUUCCAUGGCCAUCCUGAGCAUGCUGCAGGACAUGAAUUUCAUCAAUAACUACAAAAUUGACUGCCCAACUCUGGCCCGGUUCUGUUUGAUGGUGAAGAAGGGCUACCGGGAUCCCCCCUACCACAACUGGAUGCAUGCCUUUUCUGUCUCCCACUUCUGCUACCUGCUCUACAAGAAUCUGGAGCUUACCAACUACCUCGAGGACAUCGAGAUCUUCGCCUUGUUUAUUUCCUGCAUGUGUCAUGACUUGGACCACAGAGGCACAAACAAUUCCUUCCAGGUGGCCUCGAAAUCUGUGCUGGCUGCUCUCUACAGCUCCGAGGGCUCUGUCAUGGAGAGGCACCACUUCGCUCAGGCCAUCGCCAUCCUCAACACCCAUGGUUGCAACAUCUUUGACCACUUCUCCCGGAAGGACUAUCAGCGUAUGCUGGACCUGAUGCGGGACAUCAUCUUGGCCACCGAUCUGGCCCACCACCUCCGCAUCUUCAAGGACCUCCAGAAGAUGGCCGAAGUGGGUUAUGACCGAACGAACAAGCAACACCAUAGCCUCCUCCUCUGCCUCCUUAUGACCUCCUGUGACCUCUCUGACCAGACCAAGGGCUGGAAGACUACGAGGAAGAUCGCAGAGCUGAUCUACAAAGAGUUCUUCUCCCAGGGAGACUUGGAGAAGGCCAUGGGCAACAGACCGAUGGAGAUGAUGGACCGGGAGAAGGCCUACAUACCUGAGCUGCAGAUCAGCUUUAUGGAGCAUAUCGCGAUGCCUAUUUACAAGCUGCUGCAGGACCUGUUCCCCAAGGCGGCAGAGCUAUAUGAACGUGUGGCCUCUAACCGUGAGCACUGGACCAAAGUGUCUCACAAAUUCACCAUCCGCGGCCUCCCGAGCAACAACUCGCUGGACUUCCUGGAUGAGGAGUACGAGGUGCCUCAGCUGGAUGGCACUGGGGCCCCUGUCAAUGGCUGUUUCAGCCUUGAUGCUGAGUGAGCCCCCCCCUCCCCAGGACCCUUCCCUGCCCAGGCCUCCUCUCACAGCCCCCCACUGGCCUGGCCGGGUGCCCUGGGACCAGAGCCACGGGUCCUAGGUUCUAGACCAGGACUUACCAUGUGACCCUGAACAAGUACCGACCUUUCUGGGCCUCAGCUUUCCUGUCUGUGUAAUGGAAGCAAGACUUCCAGCCUCACCAAGAUUUUGUCAUUUGUCCUCUGAGAGCACAGGGGUGACUGAUGAGCAGCGAGCCCUGCUCUGCACUUCUGACCACAUCUUGGCAAAUCCUCCCCAGCCACUCCUCUGAGGCAGCCUGGAUGGUCUCUCCUGGGCC